GGCCCCCCAAUUGAACUGUACCUUGGAAGUCGUGAGCCAUUUCGAAUAUGCUGGCCAUAUCAACCCUCUUAUGCAGACGAGCAGAAGGCUAUAUGACCUGCUGAACCCCGUCCUCUAUCGCUUUGCCAUCCGCAACAAUUACGGCGUUGAAAUUUUCAGAUGGGUAAUUAAGCAUGGCAGGAUCCGGGUUGCUCAUAAGAUGCUCGACGAAGGGGUCUUGUCGAGGGCCGCGACGGAUGGAAGAUGAUGGGCGAGGCGGUUCGAAAUCGAGAUGCUGUUAUGGUAGACCUGUUGCAGCAAAACGGAAUUGAAUCAAUUCUUGAUGUUCGUCGAAAGGAAUGGGUUUAUCCAAGAGAGUUCACUACCGGCCAUAUCGGUUGCAAGCUUUUGUGUACAGCGCUAGAAUAUGCGGGCAUAUCCGUGUUGCGAGUCUUGGUCAAGCAUGGGUUUACGAAAGGGGGAACGAUGGCAAAAGCAAAAAGGAGUGUGGAUCUCAGUAUGGAUGAGUUUAUCAAGGUGCAUUUAUCACAAGCGGCUAACGAGUUCACCGCUAUGCUUAGUUUUCUGCCACUGUAUUCUGCUGCUGGUAAAAAGAACAAUACGGCCGCAGUUCAUUGUUUGCUUAAUAUUGGAGCUGACCCAAACAUCGACGAAUCUAUAAUGGCACCAGUGAUACUUUGGGCGAUAUAUAACCAAAAUCUGGAGACUUUACGGCUCCUCCUUGGCCAUGGGGCCCGCAUUUGGGACGUUUGGUGUGACCGUGGGCUCAUAGAAAACUGGCCGAAGAUGACUUGGCUUCGAGAGAAAGAAACCACAGAAUGGGACACAAAGGCUGCAGAGCUCAUCCCGCCAUGAGUUCUGAUAAAAGCGUUGAUGGUUCCGAUGCCGGCAGUUGGGAUAGGGUCAUGAAUCUAGCAGCACUGUGCGGGUCUGUGUCUGUUAUCAAACAAAUCCUUGAAAAGAGAAGCCCCAUGAAGAUACGAAACCCUGGGGUUCACGUACCUUCUUGCACGAUGAUAUCGAUGAGCUCCAGCUACCGCUUGCCCUUGCCGCAAAAUGGGGACAUGGAUGUGGUUGCGAUGCUGCUUGACUAUGGCGCAGAUCCAAGUGCCCAAGGUGCCGACAUCUGGUCAGGUGUUUUAUAUAACGCUAUAUCGAGUGGCGAUAUCGAAAUAGUGAGGCUU